GUUCAGCGGUGCAGUCUCAAGAAACAGUGCACCCGCAGACUCACACCCUUUGAACCCCGGGCCGUUCCCAGUUCAAAACCACUCAAAGAAAGCGGUCAGAGGAUUGUGAUCUUCUGAAGAUCUUGGAGCCCAUGAGCUGUUCGUGUCUUUGGAAACCAAAGGAAUUUAACUGGGAUUUAUUCUAAUCGGCUGUAUUAAAAUCACAUUUGCUCGUGGUAAAGGAUGGAGUUGAGGACAAUUGUGCCAAAUCUGCUUGUCCUUUAUGUUGCGUUUUUUGUCCACUUCUCCAAAUCGACGGAAUUGAAAGUGAUUAAUAUGUUGGAGCUACAUGAUGCUCGUCAGACAGCUGCUGCUGUAGAGAAUCUUGCUGGAGCUCUGCAGACAGUAGGAGAUCUGUACAUCACCUCCACCUUCAUGCUGCCACCCAAACUCGGAGGUGUUUUGUUUGGCCUCUAUGACAAGGAGGACAACAAGAAGUACCUGGAGAUUUCUGUCAUAGGGAAGAUCAAUAAAUUACUGGUGCGAUACUUACGCUCAGAUGGGAAAGCCCAUGCUGUCAAUUUACAAAAUCCUGUUCUUGCUGAUGGACGCACCCAGUCACUUAUACUCAGAGUGGGCGGACUUAAACGGAGUCACAUGAACCUAGAAUUGUACGCAAACUGCCGGUUGGUCGAUUCUGCUCAGGGUCUUCCCUCAUUUGCCGGGCUUCCAUCAGAGGCAGAAAUGGUGGAUGUUCGAACUGGACAUAAGUCUUAUGCCAGGAUACAGGGCUCAGUAGAGUCUGUUAAGGUGGCUCUUGGCGGCUCUCUGGCUACAGCUGGCCUUCUUAUUCACUGUCCAUUCCAAGGAGAUUCAGCAAUAAACAAUGCCGUUGCCAGUGACAUUAAUGCCAUACUAGGUGAUCACACCAAAGCUCUGAUUGGCCAGCUCAUCAUCUUUAACCAGAUCAUGGGAGAGCUGAGAGAGGAUAUCAGAGAACAGACUAAAGAGAUGUCUCUCAUCAGGAACACCAUCCUGGAAUGCCAAGUAUGUGGAUUCCAUGAGCCUCAGUCGCGCUGUCAGCCUAACCCCUGCUAUAGCGGUGUAGCCUGCAUGGAGAGCAUGAUGUACCCAGGGUAUCAGUGCGGCCCCUGCCCUAAUGGAAUGACUGGUAAUGGAACACACUGCCAGGACAUUGAUGAGUGUGCUGCUCAGCCGUGUUUCUCUGCAACGUUGUGUGUGAACACGGCUGAAGGCUUCACCUGUAAGCCCUGUCCCUCUGGAUACACUGGUCCAACACUCAGUGGGGUCGGUUUUGAGUUUGCAAAAAGCCACAAGCAGGAGUGUUUCGACACUGAUGAGUGUGCUGAUCACUCCAGGGCCUGUGUGCCCAACUCAGUCUGUAUCAAUACAGUGGGAUCUUUCAAGUGUGGCCAGUGCAAAGCAGGAUUUGUGGGUAAUCAGACUGUUGGCUGUUUUGCGAGGCAGACGUGUGCUACCCUGGGCUAUAACCCAUGCGAUGUGAACGCACACUGUCUCAUGGGGCGCAACAGUGACAUUUUAUGUGUGUGUAAUGUUGGAUGGGCAGGUAAUGGGAAUGUCUGUGGUCCAGACUCAGACAUUGAUGGCUACCCUGAUGAACCUCUUCCAUGCAUUGACAACGACAAACACUGUAGAGUGGAUAACUGUGUGAAUACCCCAAACUCUGGACAAGAAGACACUGAUGGAGAUGGGAUUGGUGAUCAGUGUGAUGAGGAUGCAGAUGGAGAUGGAAUUAAAAAUGUGGAGGACAAUUGUCGUCUAGUGCCUAAUAAGGACCAGCAGAACUCUGACACAGACUCGUAUGGUGAUGCUUGUGAUAACUGCCCCAACGUUCCCAAUGGAGAUCAGCUUGAUACUAAUAGCAAUGGCAAGGGAGACAUCUGUGACACUGAUAUUGAUGGAGAUGGUAUCCCCAAUGAUUUGGAUAACUGUCCUAAGAGGCCCAACCCCAUGCAGACAGACCGAGAUGGAGACGGUGUGGGGGACGCGUGUGACAGCUGUCCUGAAGUCAAUGACUUUUUGCAGUCGGAUAUGGAUAAUGACUUGGUGGGAGAUGUAUGUGAUACAAACAAGGAUAUGGAUGGUGAUGGUUAUCAAGACUCAAGAGAUAACUGCCCUGAAGUGCCCAACAGUUCUCAGCUGGACUCAGAUAACGAUGGCAUCGGGGACGAGUGCGAUGAUGAUGAUGAUAACGAUGGAAUUCCAGACAUCCUUCCUCCCGGCCCGGAUAACUGCAGACUUAUUCCCAACCCCAGUCAGAAAGACUCUGAUGCCAGUGGAGUUGGUGACGUGUGUGAGACUGACUUUGACAACGAUAAAGUAAAUGAUUUGUUGGAUGCAUGUCCUGAAAGUGCAGAGGUCACGAUGACAGACUUCAGGGCGUUCCAGACAGUAAUUCUCGACCCAGAGGGAGAUGCUCAGAUCGACCCCAACUGGGUGGUACUAAAUCAGGGAAUGGAGAUUGUGCAGACCAUGAACAGUGACCCUGGUUUGGCUGUGGGCUACACAGCAUUUAAUGGUGUUGAUUUUGAGGGCACGCUCCAUGUGAACACCAUCACUGAUGAUGAUUACGUGGGCUUCAUCUUUGGCUAUCAGGACUCUUCAAGCUUCUAUGUGGUGAUGUGGAAACAGACUGAACAGACGUACUGGCAGAACUUACCCUUCAAAGCCUCAGCACAGCCUGGACUACAGCUUAAGGCAGUGAAGUCCAGUACAGGCCCUGGUGAGUAUCUGCGUAAUGCCCUCUGGCACACAGGUGACACACCUGGGGAAGUUAAAUUGCUAUGGAAGGACCCAAGAAAUGUGGGUUGGAGAGAUAGGACGUCCUAUCGCUGGCACCUCAGUCACCGCCCGCAGGUGGGCUACAUAAGGUUAAGAUUGUAUGAGGGCACAGCAUUGGUGGCAGAUUCAGGAGUUGUGAUAGACACCACUAUGAGAGGCGGGCGGCUGGGUGUAUUCUGCUUCUCCCAAGAGAACAUCAUAUGGUCUAAUCUCGGUUAUCGAUGCAACGAUUCCAUACCUGAUGACUUCAUGCUGUUCCAGAAACAGCUGAUUCUCUGGACAUAAGCCUCACUCAGCAUCUCCUUACCUCAAGAUGUCAACAAACUGUGUCUACCUUAUUUGUUGGUUUGGGUAAAUGUGAAUGUGUUAAAAGAGAGUUUUUGAAAUAUUUUUUUUUUUUUAUGUUGUGAAAUUAUGACUUAAAGGUAGUCAUACAACUGACUAAAUAACUGAACAUCUUUCAAACAGUGUGCAUAAUAAAUCCUGAUGUAAUUGAACCGUAUUCAGGGACAUACAUUUGUACUCCACAAAUUUGCACUGUAGUGUUUAAUUUCAACCCCCCAUAAUGUGUUGUCUGUUCUGUAAAAGCUAGAUUGUGGUCAAUGAAAGCUAGUUGAUUGAGUGAAUAAGCUAGAUUGGCUGAUUUGUAAAUUCAGCACCAUGGACAAGGCUCUUGUUAGCCAUGUAGCAUGCCACAGAAUUUAGCGGAGAAAACAGAUGAAGGGCAUUUACAAACACGGUUAACAGAUAUAUUCCUGAAUUAGCCUAGAUGUAAGCCAUUAUACAAUUAUAAAUGGCUUGCUUUUAGGAGCCAUGGCAGUAAGGUAUGACUGUGACAUUUAAAAUCUUUACGUUUUUGUAUGCUACACUUGAAAUAUAUUAAUAGAAUAAAAUAAAAUAAGUCCAAGCCAGAAAUGUGCAUUCUAUUCCAUGUUUGUUUAUCAUGAAAUAUACAAAUAUAUUUUUCCACGAUCAAUGUAUAGUGAUUUAUGCACUUUUAAUGCAAGGGUAU